CCAUCGGCCCUGGCGCCAAGCGGAAGAAGGCGUGGAAAUGACUCUCUGGCUCGCACCGCCUCUACUCUCCUAUCCCGACUGACGUUGGACAACAGAGAUGGCGGCAGGAACCAGCAAUUACUGGGAAGAUCUCAGGAAACAGGCUCGACAGCUGGAAAAUGAGCUUGACCUGAAACUAGUUUCCUUCAGUAAACUAUGUACAAGUUACAGUCACAGCAGUGCCCGAGAUGGAAGACGCGACAGCUCUGACACAACACCCCUUUUAAAUGGAUCAAGCCAAGACAGAAUGUUUGAAACUAUGGCGAUAGAGAUUGAACAGCUUUUGGCAAGGCUUACAGGAGUAAAUGAUAAAAUGGCAGAAUAUACCAACAGUGCCGGUGUCCCCUCCUUGAAUGCGGCAUUGAUGCAUACAUUACAGCGACAUAGAGACAUAUUGCAGGAUUAUACACAUGAAUUCCAUAAAACCAAAGCAAACUUUGUGGCAAUACGGGAAAGGGAGAAUCUCAUGGGAUCAGUACGAAAGGAUAUUGAGUCGUAUAAAAGUGGGUCUGGAGUAAACAACAGAAGAACUGAACUAUUUUUGAAAGAACAUGACCACCUUCGAAACUCAGAUCGUCUAAUAGAAGAGACAAUAAGCAUUGCUAUGGCAACAAAAGAAAAUAUGACUUCACAGAGAGGAAUGUUGAAGUCAAUUCAGAGCAAAAUGAACACUUUGGCCAAUCGUUUUCCUGCUGUGAACAGCCUUAUCCAGAGGAUCAACCUUAGGAAGCGGCGAGACUCACUCAUCCUGGGUGGUGUUAUUGGUGUCUGUACCAUCCUAUUGCUGCUGUAUGCUUUCCAUUGAUGAGACAUCUCCAGGGACUCUUGACAGCCACCACUUUCACACCCUGAUCCGGAAUAAGAAAAAGUAGGCAGGAGAAGUUGACUGACCUGAUAAUUAGCCCGACCGGCAGGAUUAAUUCAAGACUGAUAGUGACGGACUCUGUGACAUGGUCAGGUUGAGCUGAAGUCACAGGUUUUCUGUGCUAUCUUUUCUAACACACAUUUCCUUCUGUUUUUAGUUUAAAAAAAAUAAUAAACGUUUUCAGUUGCUUUUGUCUCCCGAAGAGGUAAGUAAACCCAUCAGAAACAGAGUUUCCGUGCCUCGGUGAAAGUGUUGAAGGCUGAUGACAAGCCCGGUCUUACAGCUGGUUUCUUCAGAAAACCAGGUUUCUCUAUAUCCAAAGACUGCUUUCCUUUCAGCCACCAGAUGGGGUUGUGAAUAAAAAUAGUUUUUGUCCUUUUAUUUUACACUCAUGAUGAGAAAUCGCAAGUCAUUUCUUGAUAAUCUGUGCUAUAAAUUUCUACUCUUUGUCCCCAACUCUUACGGUAUUCAAGAAAAAUUACAUUUUUCAAAGAAUCUUUGAGUUGCUCACAGACCAACUUCAACACAGUUGAGGUUGUUUGAAAUAGAAGACAAGUACUACAGAAAAGCUUUUUUCUUUAUUUUUUAAUCGUGCACCCUGUGGGGUUAACUGCAUUCCUGGAAAAACAUCAAGAAUGACAGGCUUUUUUUUGGUCAGUCACUGUUUUUUGUUUUUUAUUAAUCUCGUCCAUUGGGUUAAUAUUUUCUACUGUAAGAAAAUGAAAUCUCAGUUCUACCAUGACAGAAAGCCAAUGUCUGUCAUUGCAGCUAUUCUUCAUCGUGUCAGGAUUAACACCGGCAACUGAGUGAGGGGAAUGCUUGGUUUUCAGUGAGAUCUCUUUAACAGGCCACAUGUAAAAAGACAGUGAGGGGUCACCAUCAAAUAAUUCCAUUUGUAAGUGUCCCACAUUUAUGAGCAAAAGUUUAAGAACCACUGUCUGAUGUACCAGGAAUUCUGUGCUCUGUGAAAACCUAUUCAUUUCAAAUCUCGUAAGCUUUUUCAAACAUCCAGAGAAUGGCUUUAUUAUUGAAGGUGCAUAUAACAGAAUCUAUCUCUAUCUGCACCUGUCUUCUUUUACCACCCUGGACAGUGACAAAAUUUUAAACCACCCACCAGAAUUCAUUUCAAGUUUAACCAUUUCUCAGUUUCUGUAAAUCUAUUACUUCUCUAACUAAACUACCACAAAUAGGCCGAAAACUUCCAACAGCUGUAUUCCUCACCAAGAAAGAAAGCUACUCUUCACCUUUGGAAUUUACUAUGGUAUUUAUAGUACUGGCUUAAGACCGUGCCAUGGGGAAUAAAAGGAUAUUAGCAUGUAGUUCUUAACUACAUCACAGAGUGUUGACGGUGAUAUUCAGAUGAAUUUGAUUACAGGCUGAUGGGUAGACUAACCUCUGGUCUGGUGCAGAAACCAAGAGGUUUUUCAUGCUGGUGUCAAAAGUUUUGUUAGGUUCUGGGUAUGAAGAGUGUUUGAUACAUUUUUUUAAACUAUGGGGUUUAUUUUUCUAAAUAUGGGUUGAUUGAUGAGUCAGUUGAUUGGGGAUGCCCUUAAAAGUUUAAGUUUUCCCAGUGUGAACCUUAAAAGAUCAGAGAAAUAAGUUCAUUUAUUAAAUUCUCUGUUAGGAGAACAAAACUUCUCUCCCCUGACACUUUAUUAUCUUUGAUUUUUCAAAGGGUCUUGAUCGGUGGUUGUGCCUCAGCUAGAAUUUAUGGGACUUUGGUUGCUAUAUAGUCGGCAUUUAGCAAAUCUGAAGUAUCAUAAAUAAAGUUAUUUAUUUAUA